CGCAGCCAACAGCAGGCUGCUGCCACCAGGCUCAGAUAUGAACUCCCUGGAGCAGGCCGAAGAUCUGAAGGCCUUUGAGAGAAGAUUGACAGAGUAUGUCUCCUGUUUGCAACCUGCAACAGGCAGGUGGAGAAUGAUCCUGAUAGUAGUGUCUGUUUGUACAGCUACUGGAGCUUGGAACUGGUUAAUAGACCCAGACACACAGAAGGUCUCUUUCUUUUCAUCACUGUGGAAUCAUCCCUUCUUCACCAUCAGCUGCAUCACUCUUAUAGCUCUCUUCUUUGCUGGGAUACACAAACGAGUUGUGGCACCAUCAAUGUAUCCUUUGUCUGUUGUAGUCAAUAAGAAGUGAAAUGCUUUAUCUGAUAUAACGUUUCAACAUCC